GUCACCAGAUACACUGAGCACAGAAUGGCUUAACGGCGCUGGUACAUCUUCCUUCGCUGCGAUUUCUAUCACAUUUUAUCUAUGAGUUUCCUUCGUCGUCGUAUAUAUUUUUCUUCAGCAAACGUAGGAUACAAGCCAAAUAAAUCAAACCACAAAAAGUGUAACUGUCUCCCCUUCACAUUUCGAAAGGUUUGCCAACGGCUCUGCGGCGACGCUGUGGGGUUUUGCAGGAAGCAACUGCACCUUUUAAUGCCGAAACUUCAUCUGGUUACGCCAAUUAAUACAGUUACCUGUACACGUUGAAACUCAAAUAUUACAGUAGGUGGUUUUAAGUUAUCGCGAAUUAUUUAAAAGUGGGUUAACGAGAUUUUUUUUAACGCCAAACACUGGAGGUGCAAUUACUUAACACUUGCAAACAUGGCUGCUGCGGGAACGGCAGUGGGAAAAGUUUGACACUGACGUGGGAGAAGUUUUAUGCGAAUGCUAGUUGGUACACGAGUUGUUGGCGAGGCAUUAAAGUCGUCGGCGGUCUCCUCCAGCCUGCAGCGCUUUACUCGGACUGCAAACCAGCGGAUAAACCGUGCGAGAGCCUCCUCCUCCUCUGUAGCCACCGCCGACCGUCACUGCAGUGGACUUUAGUGGGGGAACAGCGGUGUCUUCCUCUCCAUCGUGAAGCUGUGGUGGCGUUAAAGGACUUGUCGUCGGACACCGGGCCGUGCUUCGAGCUAAAAUGCAUUUUUCCAUACCCGAAACGGAGGUUCGUUCGGGGGAAAAUGGAUCAACCUAUGUGGCCUACAACAUCCACGUCAAUGGUGUGCUGCACUGUCGGGUACGCUACAGUCAACUUCUAGGCCUCCAUGAACAGAUAAAGAAAGAAUAUGGCAGCAAUGUGGUUCCUGCAUUCCCCCCAAAGAAGAUCUUCACUUUGACUCCUGCUGAGGUCGAACAGAGACGAGAACAGCUGGAGAAAUACAUGCAGGCUGUGCGUCAGGAUCCCUUGCUCGGAACCAGUGAGAUGUUCAACAGCUUCUUAAGGAAAGCACAGCAGGAGACGCAGCAGAUUCCCACAGAAGAAGUCGCUCUCGACAUCUGCCUCUCCAACGGUCAAAAGGUCACAGUCAACAUUCUGACUUCAGAUCAGACGGAGGACGUCCUUGAUGCUGUUGCAACAAAGCUCGACCUUCCAGAUGACCUUGUUGGUUACUUUAGUCUCUUCCUUGUCCGUGAAGGUGUGGAUGAAGGUUUAACAUUUGUGCGAAAGCUGCAGGAGUUUGAGCUUCCUUAUGUAUCCAUUACCAGCUUGCGGAGCUCUGAAUUUCACAUACUCCUACGGAAAAGCUACUGGGACAUGGCGUACGACGGUGAUGUCAUGGACAACAGAGUUGGCCUGAAUUUGCUAUACGCCCAGACAGUGUCUGACAUCGAGCGAGGCUGGAUACUCGUCAACAAAGACCAGCACAGGCAGCUCAAAUCCCUGCAGGAGAAAGGCUCCAAGAAAGAAUUCAUCCACCUGGGUCAGACUCUCAAAUAUUAUGGCUAUAUCAAGUUUGACCCUUGCAUCACCGACUUCCCCGAGAAGGGCUGCCAAGUCAUCGUCAGUGCCGGCAACAAUGAGCUCAACUUCCACGUCAAGCUGCCCAAUGAACAGAUAAAGGAGGGGAGCUUCAAGGUCACGCGCAUGCGGUGUUGGCGAGUCACGUCCUCUCAGGUCCCCAUAGCCAACGGCACCACCAAUCCCUGCAGCGCGUCCAAAUGCGACGUCAAACUGGAGCUGGCCUUCGAGUAUCUGAUGAGCAAGGACCGCCUCCAGUGGGUCACCAUCACGAGUCAACAGGCCAUCAUGAUGAGUAUCUGCCUUCAGUCUAUGGUGGACGAAUUAAUGGUGAAGAAGUCAGGUGGCAGCAUCAAGAAGAUGCUCAGGAAACGACACAACGGCUCCAUCCACCGGUCAGACAGUCAGCAAGCUGUGAAAUCUCCCCCUCUACUGGACUCCCCUGACCCGAACCGUGAACAAAUUGUCAAACUCUCAACCAAGCUGAGCUCGGUGUCCCUUCGAGGGAUCAGUGCCUCCAACUCAGCAAAUGAUAUCAGCGGCAAUGAUUUCCAUGGCAACUACGCUUUCGAGGGAAUCGGGGACGAUGACCUGUAACCCCCGAUCCGCCCUCCUCCCCUCUCCAUUCCACUGUCAGCGACUGGGACGACAAAGAUUACGAGCCGAGCCGGGCCGAGCGGGCCACGCACCCCUCCAAUUCUGCAAGAUUGUAGCUUCUUCCUGGAGAAACCGCUGCCUUAUUAAGCUCUCAUUUAAUCUCUGACCAUGUCCGUGCUUUUAGACUCUACAAAACGCCCACCUUGAUUUGUGUUUUAGUUGCAAUCAUCAUAUUCAAUGAAAACUUUGUCCCUAUAUUAUUAUACUUGUGGCAGCGUACAGUAAAUGGCAUGUAAAGCUACAGGUACGCAAGGCUUUAUCGUUUGUUACUGACAAAUUCCUACUUCAGUUUCACUCACAAGGAUUAUUACUGUUCCAUCGGCGGUAUAUGUGAGGUUCUAUAAUGCAGUUCAAUACAUGAGGUACAAAGUAAAUUAAUAUAUUAUGAACUACAUGAUGCUGGCUGCAUGUUCCCCACCAACGCGAGAGCCAAACGUUCAGUUCGACCUGGCACUAGUGAUAAUACAGCAGAACUGGACUCGGCCCAGAGUCCGGUGAAUGUGUUGACAUUGAUCUCAAAACGGUAGAAUAUUCAAUGUUUGGCUUGGCUAUGAACCAAAAUGUCAUGUUUUUAUACUGUCAGUGAUCCUCUGUGUGUGUGUGUGUGUGUGUGUGUGUGUGUGUGUGUCAUGCUACUCGUGUGCCAAGUCGGUCAACAUCUCAGCGGGAUGCCAGAGGUGUUGCCGGUUCGAGGCUCAGUCGCUCACGCCGCCUUCAGAAAUAGUCCGAUGCCUUAACUUUUACUUUUUCUGCCUCGUCGUGCAACAAGACUUUGGUCCAAGCUUCAAAUACGCGGCGGUGUCGGCCGGUGUUUCCUAGAAUCUUGCAGAACUUGGUCGAUUGGGGGGGAUUUGCACCAUCACUUUUUGCACAGUAUUACAGGUGGAGGUGAAUGCUCGGGCGGAAGCAUUCAUGACUUCAAACAUCGUGUGGAGAAUAUAUAUAUAUAUAUAUAUAUAUAUAU